GACAUACAGGUACAUGGCACACAGACCAAUUGAUUGACACUGUAAAUAGAAAGAGAACCAUUCCACAUUGUAAAACAGCAAUAGCAGAGGAAAGGACAGAUGAAUAUUGACUGUAGCCUACAGUGGAGCAAAUGCGCACAGAGACAAACGAAAUGAAUAAAGAAAUACAGGCAGGCUAAAACACUGACACCACCAUCACAGAUUUACCUUCGAAAAGAGGAAAAGGAGAGUGGGAAAGAGGGUGGGAAAAAGAGAGUGAGUGCAUCACAGAGGAAAUAUUACCUGAAACCAACACAAACAGAGAAUCCUUGUAUCGGCAUUAGAAAAACAGACUGGACAAACACAAUGGAUGUGACCUCAUACAAAGUGUUCCAUACAGGACUGAUUACCAGGGAAAAAUAUAGAGAAAACUGAAUAAGCGCAAUCCUUUGGAAUAAACAGCAUAAGGACUUUUCUAUUUUCCCUAAAGGAAUUUAAUACCUAAUCAGAUAGAGAAAGAGAAAUGGGACUCCUUACACUGUCUAUACUGGGACUUCUAUUGGUCAUGACACAGCCUCCACCAACAACAACCACUACAAUCACAACAAACACACAAACUGAUGAAGAUGCAACAUAUACAAGCAGCUCUGCAUUUCCACAACCCAACACAAACACAGCAGAAACUUUAAGCAUAGACAGUUCGGAUGAUCCAAGUGACCAAACUGCCAUGUCCACAACUGCAUCUUCAGUAUCCAACAUUAACACAAUGCAAACUGUAACUGAAGUAACAGUUACUGCUGAUGUAGAGAAUAGUACAACUCCAUUGGACACAGGUACGACUAUAGAUACUGAACCAAGCACGACCACACCAGAUACAACAAAUACAUCAACUACCACAAUGACAGAGGUCGACUCAACCGCUACAACCAUAACUAAUGAUGGAGACACACCAUCCGACAUUACAGAUAUAGAAUCAAUCUCAAGUACAGACAUUCAGCUGAUCCAAACUACCUUACCAACAGAGCUUCCAGAUACUUCAGGUACAACUCCACAGCCUGGCGCAAUAUCAGUAACAGUAACAACUGCACUUGAAACAGACACACAGCCCAACAUGACAACAGCAGAAACUGUAAGCAUGACAGUCACUUCAGAUUUGCAAAGUGACAAAACUACCAUCCCCUCUAAUACAGAUACAUCUACAGAAUCCAACAUCAACACAACAGAAACUACAAAUGAAGAAGCAGUUACUUCUAAUGUAGAAAAUAACACAACUAUAUUACCCACAACAUUGACUGCCACUACACAACCAACCACUUGGACUGCAGGUAUGGUGACCUCUGUCAUAAGUCAUAUUGCAACUGGAGGAUCAAGCUCUAACACAAAUAACACAAUGGCUGCAACAACCACAGUAGUAAGUUACAGCAAUACAACUCCAUUGGACACAGGUAUGACUACAGAGACCGAACCAAUCACUACCACGUUACAUACAACAACUACUGCAGCUGCUAUAAUGACAGAUGUCGAGGCAAUGACCACCACUAUAGUUAUUGAUGGAGUCACAUAUUCCAACAUUUCAGGUACAGAAUCAAUCUCAAGCACAGGCAUUCAGCCGAGCCAAACUACCUUACCAACAGAGCUUCCACAUACUUCAGGUACAACUCCACAGCCUGACACCAUAUCAGUAACUUCCUCAACAGCUACACUUGACACAGACACACAGCCCAACAUGACAACAGCAGAAACUGUAAGCAUGACAGUCAUUUCAGGUUUCCAAAGUGACAAAACUACCAUCCCCUCUAAUACUAAUACAUCUACAGAAUCCAACAUCAACACAAUGGAAACUACAAAUGAAGCAACAGUUACUUCUAAUGUAGAAAAUUACAGAACUAUAUUACCCACAACAUUGACUGCCACUACACAACCAAUCACUUGGACAACAGACAUGAUGACCUCUAUAACAAGUCAUACUGCAACUGAAGAAUCUAGCUCUAACACCGAUAACACAAUGGCUGCAACAACCACAGUAGUAAGUAACAGUAAUACAACUCCAUUGCACACAGGUAUGACUACAGAUACCGAACCAAUCACUACCACAUUACAUACAACAACUACUGCAACUAAUACAAUGACAGAGGUCGAGAGAAUGACUACCACUAUAAUUAAUAACAGAGUCACAUUUUCCAACAUUACAGGUACAGAAUCAAUCUCAAGUAGGCCUACAGGCAUUCAGCUGAGCCAGACUACCUCAACAACAGAGCUUCUAGAUAUUUCACUUACAACUCCACAGCCUGACACCAUAUCAAUACUUUCCCCAACAGGUGCACUUGUCACAGACACACAACCAAACACGACAACAGCAGGAAAUGGAAGCAUGACAGUCUUUUCAGGUUUCCAAAGUGACAAAACUACCAUCCCCUCUAAUACAAAUACAUCUACAGAAUCCAACAACAACACUGUACAGACUACAAGCAAUUCAGCGGUUACUUCUAAUGUAGAAAGAUAUACAACUGCCUUACCCAUAAUUUUGACUAGCACUACACAACCAACUACUUGGACAACAGACACGAUCACCUCUGCCACAAGCAGUAUUGCCACUGGAGGAUUUAGCUCUAACACCAAUAACACAAUGGUCACAACAACCGGAAUAGUAAGUAACAGUAAUACAUCUCCAAUGGACACAGGUACGAGUGCAAGAGAAACUAGCAGCAUUGCAACAAUUGCUCCAAAUAUACCAAGUAACACAUCUUUAGAUCCCAUAAGUAUGAGCCCAACAGUCCAAUCCAACACAAACACAACACUCACUGUAAACUUUUCCAUAAACACAGCAAGUACACAUUUGAGCACAACUGCAAUACCAACAAGUACAAUUACAUUCACACAGCCCAAUGUAAACACAACACCCACUGCAAAUCAAGGAACAACUGUUUCAAAUGCAGAAAGUGGUACAACUACAGGGAUUGGACACCCAGAAAACCCCACUUCUGAUGCUUUAAGCUCAUCACAUUCACCAGGGUUUUCCACUGCCAAUCCUUUUAUAACAUCAGCUAUAUCACCUACAUCUAUAUCCACAACGACAAUACCCACAACAAUGUCACCAUCAUCAGAAUCAGUUGUUUCACUGGAGAUUUAUUUAGACCUGAAAUUUGAGGAGGAUCUGAAGAAUUCCUCUUCAGAGAAGUUCAAGACCUUGGCAAAGAAUUUAACUCAACAGCUGGAUAUGAUCUACAAAAAGACAUAUGGGGACAGCUUCAGUCACAGCGAGGUAAAAGGUUUCAGGAACGGAUCAGUUGUGGUCACCGUCUCCCUAGUGUUCAGUAACUUCAGUGCUGUCCGCAACAUCAGUGACGUGGUGAAGACUCUCAGAGAUGCUGGCGAAUCCUCUGAAUUCAGUUUCCGUGGAAAGAUCAUUAAAAUCAUGCUUUUAGUUCCGACAAAGCCUCCAGCAACAACAAUAAUUAUUCCCACUACACUGUCUGCUAAAACCACCACUGUUGCAUCACAAAGCCAGCAUACAACUGCAGUACCCAUAAUCUCUGUGGCAACGGCGUUAACAAAGAAUAGCGACACUCAAACCACAAACCCCAGUUCAACAUCUCUAAAAACAAGUGCAGCCACAUCUGUACAACCAAUCAGAAGUACAGCACACCCAACGAACACUGCGCCUUACUCUACAAACAUAAAAUCUGACACAUCUGCACCAUUUGCAGGGAGUACUGCUUUCACACAACCCAGUGCAAAUGCAACAGAAACUGUACAAACAAUAGUGACUUCACAUUCGCAAAGUGGCAAAAUUACCACACCUAUUACUGCAGUUACAAAAUCUGACAUGGCCAUAAGACAGACUACAAGCAUAGCAGCAGUUACUUCCAAUAUUGAAAAUAUGACACCUGCCUUACCCAAAACUUUGACUGCCACAAGUAGUAUUGCCACUGGAGGAUUUAACUCUAACACCAACAACACAAUGGUCACAACAACCGGAAUAGUACGUAACAGUAAUACAUCUCCAAUGGACACAGGUACAAGUGCAAGAGAAAGUAGCAGCAUUGCAACAAUUGCUCCAAAUAUACCAAGUAACACAUCUUUAGAUCCCAUUAGUAUGAGCCCAACAGUCCAAUCCAACACAAACACAACACUCACUGUAAACUUUUCCAUAAGCACAGCAAGUAUACAUUUGAGCACAACUGCAAUACCAACAAGUACAAUUACAUUCACACAGCCCAAUGUAAACACAACACCCACUACAAAUCAAGGAACAACUGUUUCAAAUGCAGAAAGUGGUACAACUACAGGGAUUGGACACCCAGAAAACCCCACUUCUGAUGCUUUAAGCUCAUCACAUUCACCAGGGUUUUCCACUGCCAAUCCUUUUAUAACAUCAGUUAUAUCACCUACAUCUAUAUCCACAACGACAAUACCCACAACAAUGCCACCAUCAUCAGAAUCAGUUGUUUCACUGGAGAUUUAUUUAGACCUGAAAUUUGAGGAGGAUCUGAAGAAUUCCUCUUCAGAGAAGUUCAAGACCUUGUCAAAGAAUUUAACUCAACAGCUGGAUAUGAUCUACAAAAAGACAUAUGGGGACAGCUUCAGUCACAGCGAGGUAAAAGGUUUCAGGAACGGAUCAGUUGUGGUCACCGUUUCCCUAGUGUUCAGUAACUUCAGUGCUGUCCGCAACAUCAGUGACGUGGUGAAGACUCUCAGAGAUGCUGGCGAAUCCUCUGAAUUCAGUUUUCGUGGAAAGAUCAUUAAAAUCAUACUUUUAGUUCCGACAAAGCCUCCAGCAACAACAAUAAUUAUUCCCACUACACUGUCUGCUAAAACCACCACUGUUGCAUCACAAAGCCAGCAUACAACUGCAGUACCCAUAAUCUCUGUGGCAACGGCGUUAACAAAGAAUAGCGACACUCAAACCACAAACCCCAGUUCAACAUCUCUAAAAACAAGUGCAGCCACAUCUGUACAACCAAUCAGAAGUACAGCACACCCAACGAACACUGCGCCUUACUCUACAAACAUAAAAUCUGACACAUCUGCACCAUUUGCAGGGAGAACUGCUUUCACACAACCCAGUGCAAAUGCAACAGAAACUGUACAAACAAUAGUGACUUCACAUUCGCAAAGUGGCAAAAUUACCACACCUAUUACUGCAGUUACAAAAUCUGACAUGGCCAUAAGACAGACUACAAGCAUAGCAGCAGUUACUUCCAAUAUUGAAAAUAUGACACCUGCCUUACCCAAAACUUUGACUGCCACAAGUAGUAUUGCCACUGGAGGAUUUAACUCUAACACCAACAACACAAUGGUCACAACAACCGGAAUAGUACGUAACAGUAAUACAUCUCCAAUGGACACAGGUACAAGUGCAAGAGAAAGUAGCAGCAUUGCAACAAUUGCUCCAAAUAUACCAAGUAACACAUCUUUAGAUCCCAUUAGUAUGAGCCCAACAGUCCAAUCCAACACAAACACAACACUCACUGUAAACUUUUCCAUAAGCACAGCAAGUACACAUUUGAGCACAACUGCAAUACCAACAAGUACAAUUACAUUCACACAGCCCAAUGUAAACACAACACCCACUACAAAUCAAGGAACAACUGUUUCAAAUGCAGAAAGUGGUACAACUACAGGGAUUGGACACCCAGAAAACCCCACUUCUGAUGCUUUAAGCUCAUCACAUUCACCAGGGUUUUCCACUGCCAAUCCUUUUAUAACAUCAGUUAUAUCACCUACAUCUAUAUCCACAACGACAAUACCCACAACAAUGCCACCAUCAUCAGAAUCAGUUGUUUCACUGGAGAUUUAUUUAGACCUGAAAUUUGAGGAGGAUCUGAAGAAUUCCUCUUCAGAGAAGUUCAAGACCUUGUCAAAGAAUUUAACUCAACAGCUGGAUAUGAUCUACAAAAAGACAUAUGGGGACAGCUUCAGUCACAGCGAGGUAAAAGGUUUCAGGAACGGAUCAGUUGUGGUCACCGUUUCCCUAGUGUUCAGUAACUUCAGUGCUGUCCGCAACAUCAGUGACGUGGUGAAGACUCUCAGAGAUGCUGGCGAAUCCUCUGAAUUCAGUUUUCGUGGAAAGAUCAUUAAAAUCAUACUUUUAGUUCCGACAAAGCCUCCAGCAACAACAAUAAUUAUUCCCACUACACUGUCUGCUAAAACCACCACUGUUGCAUCACAAAGCCAGCAUACAACUGCAGUACUCAUGAUCUCUGUGGCAACGGCGUUAACAAAGAAUAGCGACACUCAAACCACAAACCCCAGUUCAACAUCUCUAAAAACAAGUGCAGCCACAUCUGUACAACCAAUCAGAAGUACAGCACACCCAACGAACACUGCGCCUUACUCUACAAACAUAAAAUCUGACACAUCUGCACCAUUUGCAGGGAGAACUGCUUUCACACAACCCAGUGCAAAUGCAACAGAAACUGUACAAACAAUAGUGACUUCACAUUCGCAAAGUGGCAAAAUUACCACACCUACUACUGCAGUUACAAAAUCUGACGUGGCCAUAAGACAGACUACAAGCACAGCAGCAGUUACUUCCAAUAUUGAAAAUAUGACAACUGCCUUACCCAAAACUUUGACUGUCCCAAGUAGUAUUGCCACUGGAGGAUUUAACUCUAACACCAACAACACAAUGGUCACAACAACCGGAAUAGUACGUAACAGUAAUACAUCUCCAAUGGACACAGGUACAAGUGCAAGAGAAAGUAGCAGCAUUGCAACAAUUGCUCCAAAUAUACCAAGUAACACAUCUUUAGAUCCCAUUAGUAUGAGCCCAACAGUCCAAUCCAACACAAACACAACACUCACUGUAAACUUUUCCAUAAACACAGCAAGUACACAUUUGAGCACAACUGCAAUACCAACAAGUACAAUUACAUUCACACAGCCCAAUGUAAACACAACACCCACUACAAAUCAAAGAACUACUGCUUCAAAUGCAGAGAGGGUUACAACUACAGGGAUUGGUAAAACUAUAACACCCACUAAUGCUGUUGCAUUUACAAAAUCUGACAUGACCACAACACAGACUACAAACAUAUCAAUAGUUACUUCCAAUAUUAAAAAUAUAACAACUGCCAUACCCACAACUUUAACUACCACUACACAACCAACCACUUGGACAACUUACAUGGCCAACUCCACCACAGGUUUUACAAACACACAAACUGUUACAGCUUCAACACUAAAAAGUACAAUCGCAUUCAUACAACCGAUUUUAAAUGUAACACAGUCAGGUGGCACAGUAAUACCUGAAGUGAGCACAAAAAGUUUUUCUCCUGCAUUGUAUACAACUAUGGCUGCAACUAAAGGAUCUAGCUCUAAUAUCACAGCAACCACAACCACAACUAACUCUAAUAUCACAACAACCACAGCAAGUCAAAAUAAUAUAACUUCACUGUACACAGGUACUACACCAACCUCUACAACAUUACGUACGACAAAUAGUGUCAGAUUCACAGUAACGCAAAUCAACACAGCCACCACAGCCAUGAAAAAUAACGGAGUCACAACGCCCAACAUUACAGUUACAGCAGUCUCAAGUCCGGGUAUUCCACCCAGCAGAACCACCUCAUCAACAGAGCCUCUACAUACAUCAGAUACAACCCCACAGCCUGCCACAACUUCAGUAAUUUCCACAACAACUGCAGUUACAACAGCAAGUGUGAAAACUGUUCAGCUCCAGUUCAGUUUACAGAAGGAAUUCACUGCUGAGCUCUCAAUCCCAUCUUCAAACGAGUUCAAACAGCUGGCAAAGAACAUCACUGUCGAGAUGGACAAAAUUUAUUCUCAGAAAUUCCCCAGAUCCUUUAUUCGAUCCACUGUUCUAGGAUUCAGAAAAGGCUCCGUAGUAGCAGACAUGCAUCUCCUCUUCAAAGAGAAACAGAGCAACGAUGAGGUGGUUAGUUCGUCGUCAGUGCAGACGGCUCUGCACACGGUUGUGUCCCAAAGCACCAACAACUCUCUUUUUUUCAACAUCAUACCAACAUCUAUACAAGCUCUUGAGGAAAUAUCAGUGUCAGUGAACCUCUCUCUGAUUCUGCCCUUCUCAUCAUCUCUCAAUGACUCCCACUCCCCUGAGUAUAUACAGCUCAGCACUACACUAAACAACUGGCUUGGAGCGGUGUUUUCCAAAUUUUUUGGAAAUGUGAGCAGAUCAUCAGCAACACAGUUCAGAAACAUAGAUGGGUGGGUGGGUGCGCACAUAGUGUUUAAAUUUAAUGUUGAGACGAGGAUAGCAGAUGAUGUUCUGACAGCCGCUGUUCUCAACUCUCAGAGUCCCUUCCUCUACCUGAAGCAUCUACUUUCAGUCAAUGGUUUCCAGGUCCCUGCUGAUUUUUUACUGAUCUCAAUGAGGAUCACCAGCCUGCAUUUCACAGAGGAACUGACUUAUCGUGGAUCCGCAACCUUUUUGCUCUACAGCACAGUUAUCCGCACGUCUGUAAUAAAGCUUUACAAAGGGAAAGAUGGGUUUAUUGAUGUCUAUGUUACAAGGAUGAUGCCUGGUUCUGUGGUGGCGCAGCUGGUGAUUGUCUUUGAUAAAAGUAGGAUCUCCACACAUGACGUCUCCCAGAUUCUUCUCUCAGGCCUGCCUCAACUGGAAUUCGAUGGUCUUACAGUGGACCCAAGCUCCAUGCAGAUUGUGUCUCAGCCUGUUACAUCUCCCAGACCUUUCCCAGGGUAUGCGGUGGCGAUCAUCGUCAUGUGUGGCCUUGCCAUCAUUCUGCUUCCUGUAGCUGUGCUGGUUGGUUGUAGGACAGGAAUGUGGGAGCGUUUGAGGAGGUCUCUCUCUCUCAGGUCCCAGAAUUACAGCGUGACUGCAGCACAUCACGUAGUCUGAGGGAAACUUCCAUUGUGUGCCAUGUGUCACAUCUGAAACUAGUCUGACAUCACAGACUAAUCUGACAGGAAUCCUUAUGCACCAAUCUUUGGAUCAGCCACUUCAAAGUGAUCACAUUUCAUCCUGUUAAUUAUAAUGAACAACAUAUUGCCAGAGAAAUAAUGAUUUUGUAUAGACUGCUUUAUGAACUGUAGUAAUUUAUUGAUCAAUCGAUGUGAAUAUCAUUGUAUUUGACCUAUGUACUGAUAACUGGUAUUGAUUUGUUAUAUCUUGCAACAAAAAUUCAUGAAAACAGUAAUUUAUAACUUGAAUGUCUAAUGUGUGGAGUGUGCCAAAGACUAAAUACAGCAGACUACUGCAAAUGACAGUGUGAUGGCAUUUCUCAGUGUUCCAGAAUUCAAAAGUGGCAAAUUAAAUGUUAUGUUCAGUAUAUUUAAUGUAAAUAUCUAUAUACAACAUGUGGAACUGUAUUAAAAUAUAGUGAAACACAUUGAAGAAAUAUACAAAUAUAAUGAUAUGAAAAGCUACUUUCAAUCCCUUAAACUGUUGUUGUGCAUGCUCAUCAUAUGGAAAUGUAUUUUAUUAUGUCAUGCAUAUUUAAAAAUAUACUGUGUGCACGUAUUUACCAAGAAACUUCUGCAAGAUUAGUGUAGACAUACAGGUUCAGGUAAAUGAAAGUGUGCAUUCUAUGAAGAGAAAAUGUAACAAAGACGAGAUAAAGAAAUAAACAGUUAAUUUAUCUGAUACUACCUGAAGCCAUUUAAAAGUGAAGUUCUUCAUAUGCACCUUUUCUCUCUGCUUCUUCUGGCAGCACUCUCUUAAAUUGCAGCAAAAUAUUAUCAUAAUCAGUCAUAUUCCAAUUUUUGUGGAUGCAGUGGCAUACAGCAUAUUAAUUAAUGAUGAUUUUACUGACCAAUCAAAGUAAAUAAUAAUCAUCAUCAAUCGGUGUACAGUGAGUCCACAACCAACGGAGACCUACACACACAUAAUAACACACAAACUACUUUGCAGGGCCAUAUGCUUGACAUUCAAAAUUCAAGAUUAGAAUCACACAAAAGAGAAAAUAAAAAUAAAAUAAAAUGCUCAAAUUACAAGGUUGAUGUUCUCUUGAAUUUGAUGCUUUUUCUGACAUAAAUUCUCAUCUUAAUUCUGUGCUAACACGAGCCUAACACGUCUGUCUGCCAUAUCCUCGAAUCCACAAUCACUCAUCCAUGUAAAUCUCUUUCUCACACUCAUACACUCAAACCACCUUUUCCACCACAGUGCCACACCCAUGGCCAGAUCAGCUUGUAAAACACACCAAAACAAUCAACACAACCACUAUAGUUGUGGGAACUGUCACAGCAGAAUCUGUCACCACAGUACCAAUUAUCAUGGGAACAGUCAAACAAGAAACAGGUAGCGCAAGUUAGUGAAGCAGUGGCCCACACAAUGACAUUAAUUUAGAUACUCACCAUGGAAAGGAUUUAGUUGUUGCAUAAGCUCAGAAAGAGAAUCUGUCUUUCAGAGCCAUUCAGACUUGGCUCUAUCAGUCUCUCUGUCAAAGGUGUUACCAGGGGACUUCCUCAGAGUUAGGCCUCCUCCGAUCAGGCUUCCUCAACCCAGUUAUGACCUUAGCCACAGAGCAACAGCACUCUUCAACUCUUAAGAUUGAUUCUUCCCAAUUACCUGCAGUAGCUGAAGAAUCAUAAAGCUACAGGUGUUGAAACUGAAAUGUUUUUGAAAACUCUAUUCCAUAUGCUCCUUCUAGCUACAUUAUAUAAUUGACAAUGUCUUUGCUUUGGUUUUAACGAUGACACAUUACUGUGUCCCUCUCAACAUUUC